AAAGAUGACCUCCAAAAGCUUCAGCGAAGGAUGAAGAGGAUCACAUGCGUGCUCAAGGACGCCGAGAAGAAGAAGAUCCAAGACGACACUGUCAAAUUAUGGGUUGAUGAGCUGAAAGAUUUGAUGUACGAUGCCGAUGACAUCAUAGAUCUUUGCAUGAUACAGGGUACUGGGCUUUUGCAAGAUGAUCAUCAUCAUUCUCUGGCUGAGUCAAGUGCUACUGCCUCAACAAGGAAUCUGACAUUGUGGGAUGGGAUAUUAGAGAUGCUACCAAGAGUCUUGUUGAUUUAUUGGCCUAUCAGCAUGAACAGAAAUGCCGUCUUUUUGCCAUUAUCGGCAUGGGGGGCAUAGGCAAAACCACACUCGCACAGUUGAUAUAUAAUGAUUCCAAGAUAAAUGAUGAUUUUGUGUUGCAUUCAUGGAUUUGUGUUUCAAAAUUCUACACAUCAAGGUCUGAUUUGCUGAAGGAACUCAUAAGAAAUGUUGGAGGUACUUGUGGAGAGUCAACCACAGUUGCGGAGCUACAAAAAAUACUUUGUGAUGUCUUGCAUAGGAAGAGCUUAUUUCUGGUUUUGGAUGAUGUUUGGGAGGGAGAUGUAUGGCUUAAUUUAAUUAAAAAUCCAGUAGAAAGCGCAACAACUAAAUGUAGAGUCUUGGUCACCACAAGAGAUAGAAAUACUGCUGUAAAAAUGGGGGCAAUUCACAUCCACAAUGUCAACAAAUUGCCGUUGAAUUUUGGUUGGGAAUUAUUAUGCAAAAAGGUUUUCACAAAUAAUGGUGAGAGUCAGAGAGAUAUUCAAAGAAUGAAGGAGAUAGGGAUGCGGAUUGUUGAAAAAUGCGAUGGUCUUCCUGUCGCAAUAAAAGCCAUUGCAGGUGUUCUUGUAACAAAAGAUCUAGAUAAAAGAGAAUGGGAGGAUGUACUUAACAACAAUGCUUGGACUAUUACAGGACUUCCAGAAGAGCUCCGAGGAGCGUUGUACUUGAGCUAUGAAUCCUUACCUUCAGCUCUUAAACAUUGUUUCCUCUAUUGCUUUCUUAUCCCCUAUGAUCGUGAAUUUUAUCUUGAAGAACUUGUUCCUGAAUGGAUUGCAGAAGGUUUUAUAGAAGAUAGUGGAAAUGUAUCGAUGGAGGAUGUUGCAAAAGGCUAUUAUAGGGAACUAAUUUGGAGGAGUUUCUUACAACCUUCUCCUUAUG